GACUGGAUGAGUUUUGACGUGUGUUCUGACACGUUAGCAGACAUUAGCGGAGCCGCUAUGAAACCCGCGGUGCGCCACUAACGUCUGCUGGCAAACAAAAGAGGUCCGCUGUGAGCCAAGACUGACUCUCAGAAGAAUCUGAAUCAGAUGAAUGUGACUUUUGUGAUGAAAAGUGCUCGCAGCCUGGGAAACGUCAGCACGCUGUCGGAAACUCUGGACGAGCUUAAUCGCUUAGAUUUGAAUGGACAAGGCAGCCAGAAGCACACAGCCCAGCUAGUGAAGCCCAGUGAAGGUGCCGCGAUGCCUGUGAAGAAGAGGAAGCUGCCCGACGCAGACGAUCGUGAGCAGAGCUGCAAAAUUACGAGUUUUACCCGACCUCAGAUCCGCGCUCCGAGGCCGAUCAGCACUGAGAAGCCUUUUUCCAGUAAGAAGUGCCUGGCCUGGUUCCACAAGUACGCCGCCCCCGACAAGGUGUUUGGCCCGGAGGCCAUGGAGAAGUUCUGUGAAGACAUCGGCGUGGAACCUGAGAACAUUAUCAUGUUGGUUUUAGCUUGGCAUCUAGAAGCAGCAAACAUGGGCUACUUCACAAAAGACGAGUGGCUCCGGGGAAUGACGACGUUACAGUGUGACUGCACAGAGAGGUUACAAAGCAAACUUGAUUACCUGCACAGUGAGCUCAGCGAUGCUGCGACCUUCAAAAAUAUCUACAGAUAUGCCUUUGACUUCGCCAGGGAUAAGAACCAGAGGAGUUUGGACAUGGACACGGCCAAGCUGAUGCUGGCUCUGCUGCUGGGCAGGUCGUGGCCUCUGUUCUCAGUCUUCAGUCAGUUCCUGGAGCAGUCCAAGUACAAGGGACUGAAUAAAGACCAGUGGUAUAACGUUCUGGAGUUCAGCCGGACCAUCAGCCCAGACCUCAGUAACUACGAUGAAGACGGAGCCUGGCCGGUGCUGCUAGACGAGUUUGUGGAAUGGCGAAGAAGUUGUCCGGCAUCGUAGCGUCAACGGCAGUGCCGUGGGAUGAAGAGGGAGAGAACGGACAUCGCGGAGAACACGGGAAAGGGAUCCAUUAGGAAAAGGUCUCAUCCACACAUACACCUAAACAUGGAGUACAGACUCGUCCCUGUGGACUCUCUCAUCCCACCAGAGGUCAUCCAAAUGCUAAGAGGCCGUCCUCCCGCUGAGAAGACUUUUUAUAUUGUUUAUUUUGAGAAAAUGAACUGUUGGGGGGAAAUGAACUGAGAGAAGAGCUGUGGAAUUUUUCCCCCCUUUUUUUUGUGUCUUGUUUAUAGAAGUAAUAAAAGGAAA